GCGGCAGGCUCGGCUUCGCGGCGGUGCCGGCGGCGGAGGCGGAGGCGCAGGCUCUUCCUGGGGUCCUGGCGAGCCCGAGCCUAAGCGGCGGCCCUGCAAGGUCCCUGCACAGCGCCCCGAUCCGGGGCCCUCCCCGUCCGGCCCUGCCCCGAGAGCUUUCCUCCCCGGCCGGGAAUGAGGCUGGGAGGCGGCCGCGCUGGGCUCAGCACAAAGGCUUGUCCUCAGGGGCCGCCGCCUCCGCUGCCUCCGCUGCCUCUGCUGCCGCCCGCCUAGAACCACCCGCCGAAGCUGAACCGGCGCCAGAGCCCUCGUCCCCGCCGGUCCCCAGGGGAGGCUGCUGCUGCCCGUCCCCUCGAGGCCCAGAGGCCCUAGCUCCGAGCCCUUUGCUCUCUCGGCAGCGGGGGGACCGGGCAGCCGCGCAGCCUUUGCCGCUCCCGGCUUUGGGGGCACUGCGGAGCAUGUCCGAGGAGAGUGACAUGGAGAAAGCCAUCAAGGAAACUUCCAUUUUAGAAGAAUACAAUAUCAAUUGGACUCAGAAGCUGGGAGCUGGAAUUAGUGGUCCAGUUAGAGUCUGUGUGAAGAAAUCUACCCAAGAGCGAUUUGCACUGAAAAUUCUUCUUGAUCGUCCAAAAGCUCGAAAUGAGGUACGUCUGCACAUGAUGUGUGCUACACACCCAAAUAUAGUUCAGAUUAUUGAAGUGUUUGCUAACAGUGUACAGUUUCCUCAUGAGUCCAGCCCCAGGGCUCGACUCUUAAUUGUAAUGGAGAUGAUGGAAGGGGGAGAGCUAUUUCACAGAAUCAGCCAGCACCGGCACUUUACAGAGAAGCAAGCCAGCCAAGUAACAAAGCAGAUAGCUUUGGCUCUACAGCACUGUCACUUGUUAAACAUCGCACACAGAGACCUCAAGCCUGAAAAUCUGCUUUUCAAGGAUAACUCUUUGGAUGCUCCAGUGAAGUUGUGUGACUUUGGAUUUGCCAAAAUUGACCAAGGUGAUUUGAUGACACCCCAGUUCACCCCUUAUUAUGUAGCACCUCAGGUACUAGAGGCGCAGAGAAGACACCAGAAGGAGAAGUCUGGCAUCAUACCUACCUCACCAACACCAUACACUUAUAACAAGAGCUGUGACUUGUGGUCCCUAGGAGUGAUUAUUUAUGUGAUGCUGUGCGGAUACCCUCCUUUUUACUCCAAACACCACAGCCGGACUAUCCCAAAGGAUAUGCGAAGAAAGAUCAUGACAGGCAGUUUUGAGUUCCCAGAGGAAGAGUGGAGUCAGAUUUCGGAGAUGGCCAAAGAUGUUGUGAGGAAGCUCCUGAAAGUCAAACCAGAGGAAAGACUCACCAUUGAGGGAGUGUUGGACCACCCCUGGCUCAACUCGACUGAGGCCCUGGAUAACGUGCUACCCUCUGCUCAACUGAUGAUGGAUAAGGCGGUGGUUGCAGGAAUCCAGCAGGCUCAUGCAGAGCAACUGGCCAACAUGAGAAUCCAAGAUCUAAAAGUCAGCCUUAAACCCCUGCACUCAGUGAACAACCCCAUUCUGCGGAAGAGGAAGUUACUUGGCACCAAGCCAAAGGAUGGUGUUUAUAUCCACGACCAUGAGAAUGGAGCCGAGGAUUCAAAUGUUGCUUUGGAAAAGCUCCGAGAUGUGAUUGCUCAGUGUAUUCUUCCCCAGGCUGGUAAAGGAGAGAAUGAAGAUGAGAAGCUGAAUGAAGUAAUGCAGGAGGCUUGGAAGUAUAACCGGGAAUGCAAACUCCUAAGAGAUACUCUGCAAAGCUUCAGCUGGAAUGAUUCAACACUGGAAAGCCACCUGGGCAAAACAAAACAAAACAACAACAACAAAAAACCAUCUCAGAACUGUUUCCAGAUGCUUCCCGUUAAGGAGCAGCCCAUGCCGAAGGGGAGAGGACAAAGUACAAGGGAUUCUACCCUGUUGAUCUGCUCGGCUUGGGCAAGAGUUGUUUCAUCAAAGAGUAGAAAGUUUGCCACGUUUGCUGCUGGUUGUUUUUUUCCCCCAAGCAAACAAGUUAGAGAGGUCGUGGAUUCACAGAUAAAGUAGAUCGACUAAAACUGGCAGAAAUUGUGAAGCAAGUGAUAGAAGAGCAAACCAUGUCCCAUGAAUCUCAAUAGUGACAGCUUCAAACAUUGUUUGUUUUUUUUUAACAAUUUGAAAAAUUAUUCUUUAAUGUAUAAAGUACUUUUUAUGUAAAUUAAUAAAUCAUAAUUUCAUCUCCACAUUGAUUAAAGUUGCUGUAUAGAUUUAAGGUACAGGAUUUAUAGUAUAGUUAUUUGUUUGUUUUUAAAAGCCUAGUUCCUAGAGAUAAACUAAAAUUUUAGGACUGUCUAGUCUUAUAUUUGUAAGAUGACAGAUGGUAUUAUCAAACAAGAUUGUUUUAUUUGUAAUAAAAUAUAUAAAGACCACUUAAAAGAGGUAAAGGACCAACUCUACUGACCUUUCUGCUUAGUAAACAGAUGAAUC